ACCCCUCUUUUUACAGGGGUACUUUUGUCGCUGGUGACAUGGCGUUCUCAGCCGUGCGCGACGGUUUCGCGCUUUUGCUUUCGGCCUUUGCGCUUUUGUCCUGGACCGGCGAGAUCAAUGCGGGGACCUCUCGCUACAGUGGGAAGUACGUCAAGCUCAUCAAUGGAGGGCAACAGCAAUGGCAGGCAGGCGAGAACUUGGAAGCUAAAGAGGCGAUCGCUUAUCAGAAUCUUCACCUGUCAAAGGCCGGCCAAGAUUUGAUCGAGUAUGACAGCAAUGCUGCAGAGGGCUUGCAGAGCCGCGGUUUCUUCAGGAAUAUCCGAUGUUUCUUCGGCCUGCUGUGCAAGAAGAAAAAGAAGAAGCAUCACAAACACAAACACAUAAACAUACACAUAAACGUAGCACAUCGGCCAGGCAUCACUCACACACUCCAACAGUCGGACAUAAACGUACAUCACCAGUCCGCAAACUUUAACCUACAACAACAGUCAGAAAUAAAUGCACAACAACAGUCCACGAACUUUAACCUACAACAUCAAUCGGACGUAAACAUACAACAUCAAUCGGACAUAAACGUACAGCAUCAGCCCGGGAGUAUUAACAUACACGAGUCGGACAUAAACGCACUACUGCAGCCCGCAAACAUUAAUAUACAACAGUCUGACAUAAACACACAACAGCAGCCCGCAAACGUUAACAUACAACAGCCGGACAUAAACAUACAGCAACAGCCCGCGAACAUUAACAUACAACAGCCGGACGUAAACAUACAACAACAGCCAGAUAUAAACAUACAACAGGAGCCCGCAAACAUCAACAUACAACAGGAGCCCGCAAACAUUAACAUACAACAACAGCCGGACAUAAGCACACAACAGCAAGCCCAAAACAUUAACUUACAACCGCCUGACAUAAACAUACAACAGCAAGUCCCAAAUCUUAACAUACAAAAACUACCGGAUAUAAACUUAGUACAUCAGCCCCCGGGUAUCGACAUGCAAAAUCAGCCGGGCAUCAUAGUACAACGGCCUCAAACCAUAUACAUACAACAGCUGCCGUCGGCAAUUCACGUAUUGCAACAGCCACUACUGUCCGGCGUACACUUGGUGCAGCAGCAGCUUUUGCAAACCGGACAACUACAGCACCAGGUGCAGCAAGUACAUCAGGUGCAUCAGGUACAACAGGUACAGCAGGGGCAACAGCCAGACGUGGAAAAGCCUCUGCCGGAGCCGUUGCAUCCGCCGCAGAUGGCGCGGCCGGAGUUGCGCUCGGGAGCCGUGUUGUCGAGGUCCGCGGCGACCCCGGAGCCGGAGGAUGAGGAGCCGGCGUCUGAAGCAGAGUUUGACUUCGACUCCAUCGAGGAGGACAGUCCGGACCCGAACGCGCCGGGCGUCGAGGACAUCCCCGCCGAAUUCGAUGCCAGGUCCAAAUGGAAACGCUGCGCCAAAGGCAUCGCCGACCCCGUCCGGAGCCCCUUCGACAACUGCCUCGCUGAUCACGUAACUUCAGUGAUAUCAGCUCUUCAGGAUAGAUGGUGCAUCCAAAACAAAACACGGCUUCAAUUUUCGGCGGCCCGUAUCCUAACUUGUAAUGAAAACGGCGGCUACUGCAAAGAUGGGUCAGCCAAGUUCACCUACAAGUAUUUCCGAGACACAGGCGUUGUGACAGGGAGGCAAGUCGAAGAUCUUGGAACAGCGAGUAAAACCGAGGACGGGUGUGUGCCUUACGGUGUGGGUUCUGCCAAAGAAGCAAACUUUACAGUGCCGGACACAAGCACCUGCAAGAGCGCGCAGUGCACAAACGCAGGAUACAAGAAAGCUUACUCGAGCGAUCUGACAUUCAUAAAGAAAUUCUACCGUGUGGAGCCGGAGCCACGCGUAGUGGAAACUGGCGGAUUUUUGGGCUACUCCGCUAACGGCAUCAAGUUGGACAUCCUUACAUACGGCCCCGUCACGGCAACCAUGCAGUUUUAUGAGGACAUCCUUUUCUACAAAAAAGGAGUUUACAAACCAAUACCGGAAGCGCAACGCAUCGGCGAAAUAACCUUGAAAAUCUUCGGUUGGGGUGUUGAAAAAGAAGUCGAAUACUGGUUAGCCACGAACAUCUGGAAGAAGGAUUUCGGUGACGGAGGCAUAAUUAAGAUCGAAGCUUUCAACCCUAAGCUGAAACUUGAAUCGGGGAUUAUUGGUGGUAGAUUUGAGGGGGUGCCUUUUACUGGAUCAAAAGAUGACCAAGGCGCUCGUAGCGUUAAUCCGAGCAGCGGAAACAAAGAUUGCUGCUAGAACGCUUUUGCUCAAAAGUCACAUUCACAUUUCACGAAAGCCUCGAUAACUCGACAUUGCAAAGCGAGCCACCUAAUAAGUGGCACUUUAAAAUUUGUGUAAAAUUCCUGAAUUCAUUAAUGUCGUAGAAUAAUGCCAAAUCAAUUAUUUUGUUA